AGUCCACCAUCCACAGUGAGCGAUGCUGUGGUGCUGACCCCAAACCCUAAUUGUUGAGAGAUUGCCCAUUCGCCCAGCUCGCGUCGUUGGCUGUCCUUUGUUCCUUGUUUCUUCGAGAUUGCUCCAGAAUUGCGCUUCAAUUUGUGUUUAGCUCGCCCCACGCUGGGGUUGCAAUCCGGGCGGAGCCGAGUGGAUCGAGCUGACUGGAAUCUGCGUCUACGAUUUGCGUUAAGCUUUGGCUUCUGGUUCGAUGGGUCGCAUGCGUGGUUUAGGUGUUGUUGCGCUUCAUGCUGCUAGUGAUUUGGAUACAGGGGAGGGUUUUUGAUGGUGGUGGAUUGUGGUAGCAGCGGAGGGAGCGAUUUGGAAUGCGCGAGGAUUUUUUUUGCUUUGUAUUUUUGAUAAGAGAUUUGGUCUGCGAGAAGUCGAUGCGUGCAACGAAUUCAUGGUCGGGAGUUAGGAGUGGGAGAAUUGGAGUUGCGGUUGAACUUGCUGGCAAUGUCGUCGUUAGUCGACAGCCCGCUGCGGAGGGGGCGGGGGUUGUUGCUUAGAAGCGGGAGUAUCAAGCGCACGGUGGUGAUGGAGACGAGGACGGGGGAGGUGUUGUUAGGGCUUGUGAGCAGAGGCCAGGCGCUUGUGGCGGAAUUGCUGCGUCUCUCGCAGCACGCACCUGUGGUAUUGCAUCAAUCAUCCGCGUCGGAUAGCGGAGGGAAGUACGCGGGUCUUUUGUUUGAUUUCAAGUAUUUCAAGUCGCCGGAAGUGUACGAGGAGCAAGUGGAAGCCUCUGAGACCCUAGCGACUCUGGACGACGAGUUUCGGGAGGAGUGUGGUAGUGUGGUGGAGCGUUUCUUUUUGCUCUUUGAUGGUAUUGUGAAGUAUUACAAGGAUUUGAGCCGGUUCAUUGACGAUCUGCUGCAAGAUGGAGCUGGCGCGUUCUUGCAGGAGAGUGCGGAAAGUGUGCUGGAGGAUGAGGAAGGGCGGCAGCUGCUCGUGGAGGCACUCAUGUUACACGGCGUGCUACUGCUUUUGCUGGAACAUCGGAUGCCGGGAAGCCUUCGAGAGCAGCUUUUAGUGGCGCAUUGUCGAUGUCGAGGUUCCAGUGAUUUUUUGAAUUUUGAGGCAAUCCAGUCGCUGUGUCGGAGUGUGCCACCACCUCCAAAAGCGAGCUCUGCUUUUGCACCGGUUGCCUUAUUGGCGUCAUUCCUGCAAGGGUCAAGCUCUCCGUCUGCUGCGGAGCCUAACAUGAUCCUCCUCUCGAAUGUUGAAGAGAUGUGCAGUCGGUUUCCUUUGCCCAGGCGGUUGAUGAGGCUAGCUAUUGCACGGUUGCGAAGUGACGAUCUUUACAACCAGAUGCGCCAUUAUCCUAACCCAGAGCACCGGUGUGCUUCUCUGGGCGGGCAGGUUGCAUGUAUGUAUGUUCUUCUGAAUUUCGUCCCGGAAAUUUUGCAAUCUGAGACUCUAGUAAUGAAGGAUAUCGUGGACAAGUUUUUGCUGGGGUGGUGGGUUGUGCCAAUCUUUAUGGGCUUUAUGGUGGACUUGUCGGUUGCAUGGGAUCAAUACAAGGCUGCUAAAGCUGCUCUGGCUCCGAUACUUGUUCCGCAACAAGUGCGUGAGGUUGGACAGGCCUACAGUACCAGAGUACCCGAGCUGCUGGUAGAGCUGCGAGGCAUUCUGUCGGAAGGUGUGCUGACUCAAGAGUUUGUUUUAAGCAACAUGGCAAGCCUAGUGGCAUGCUUGCGUGAAAGCAAUAUAGCUCUGCGUUGGCUGCUCCUGCAUCGGAACACUAUGAAUAAGAAGCUGAAGGAUAUAAUUGUAGCUUUGGGUGGGGCGAAUGGCAGUGAGUUGCUGCUGUCUCUCAUUUUGGAAACAGCAACUCUUGAAUUUGAGCUGAAGCAGGUUUAUGGGGACCUUCUGGAGGGAAAAGAAGCACAGUUCCUGAAGUGUAAGAAUCAUGCAGCAGAGUGCAUGCAGGAGCUAUCAGAUUUUUUCUCGGGGUCAAAGGUGCUAUCUCGCAAAGUGAAGGACGAAAAUAUGCAGAAUUGGUUCCUUCAGAUGGGACAACAAGUGCGUGCUUUGGAGUGUAAAGCAGAAGCCUCUCGUGCUGUGCGAAAGAUUCAACAGAUGAUUUUGGCUCUGCAGGAAGUUGAGCAGUUUCAUCAGAUUGAAAGCAGUCUUCAGAUUAAGCAAUACCUUGCUGAAACGCGUACUCACCUGCAGCAUAUGGUGCGCACUCUCAAUGUCCAGGAAGGUGUGUUGGCUACCAUUUCAGUGGUCACUGAUGCAUCAUACGCCUGGGGCCUUAUCGUAGGCUUCACUCCUCAGAUCCAUGCUCGCAUCAAUGCAGACCCUUUUACAGUUCUCAAGCUUUCCUGCUUAUUUCUCAAGCUUCGAUCUAUCCUGGACAUUCCCCUGCUACGGAUUUCGCAAUCUGGCAGCAUGGACCUUUACUCUGUUUCAGAAUAUUAUUCCUCAGAGCUAGUGGCCUACGUGCGGUCAGUGAUGGAGAUCAUACCUGUUAGUAUGUUUAGCAUCCUCAAUGAUGUGAUAGCUGUACAGACGAAGCAGUUGCACGAGCUUCCUUGGCGGCUUGAGAAGGAGAGUCUGCGCGAUUUUGCUCAGCCUGAAGAGAGAUACAAGCUGGCGAAAGCAACACACCGAGUGGCUGUAUUCACGCAAGGUAUCAUGGCUAUGAAGAAGACGUUCAUGGGAGCCAUAGAAGUGGAUCCUUGGCAGCUUCUGGAAAUUGGGAUACGCAAGCAGCUGGUGAAGCAGGUUGCCACAUCGUUACACACCAUCUUGGUAUUUCCAACGGGCGGAGUGGUGGAACUGGAGGAGCAAUUACAAGAGCUUCUACUGUCAUUACAAGCACAACGACGAUCCAUGGAAUAUUUUCAGGAUUAUGUGCAUGUGCAUGGGCUUCAGCUGUGGCAUGAAGAAUUUGCGCGCAUUAUUGACUACAAUGCUGAGCAAGAGUGCAAUGCUUUCGUGAAGAGGAAGGUUCAGGACUGGCAGAGCGUGUAUCAGGAUCCUGCAAAGCCCAUUCCACAAUUCCCGGUCCCUGCAAAAGAUACCUCUAUGACCAGCAAUUUUAUGGGGCGUUUGGCACAUAAACUCUUGCAAUUGACUGACCCUUCGAAGUCAAUGUACCUAGCACCGAUGAGUGGUUGGUUCGAUGCUCAAGGGCAAGAGCUUGUGGGGUUACGCACUAUGACGUUGUUACAAGCCACUUUCGGAACAGCCGGAUUGACUGGAUUGGAUCGGCUGCUGGGCUUUCAAGUUACACAUGCUAUUCGGCAGGCAGUUAUGCAUCUCUCAUACAGUUCGGAAUCCAGCGAAAUGAGCAAUUGGUUAGAGUCCCUCCAAAAUGUGUUGACUCCUAACUCGUCUAUUCCCGACCCUGGGACAGUCGUAUAUACCGAAUACUGCACUCGUGUGGGAGUUAAUGCAGCAGGAUGGAACGCUUGGGUGGAGAGUGUAUCUCGAAUCGGACAAAUACAACUGCUUCGUUGUCUUCUGGGAUCUCAUUUACGGGCGUCAGCUAAGUUCGAAUCGAGCACUAUAUCACAUGCUGUGGACGCAAUGAAUAAGGCAGCGCUGGCUGACAUCAUGGAUUCCGAAGAGGGUACAGCAAGCGGUGUGGAGAAUUCUGAAGUAAAGAGCCGCAUGCUGGGAGAGUUGCGAAAGCAAUUGCAUUUGUGUGGACUUUAUACACCACUCCAUUCUAUCUACAUAACUACCAGGCCAGCUAAUGGGUGCGCUCUCCUAUUGUUUCUCGUCACCAUUUCCCAGCUACCAAGAUAUGUGUUGGAUAGUCAUCUGGGAACUUUGACUAGUCGAAUGAAGAAGGCUGCUCUUGAUUGCUGCCCACUUAUCGUGGGCAUUGGGACCAUCCUUCAGCAGAUGCACCCCUUGCACGUCACAGCCUACAUUCGAUUUUUGGGACAAUAUGUGCGAACGUAUGCCGAGAAUCCUGGCAAACAGGACAAGCCCUCAGCAAAGGACGGUCCGAAGCUGGCAGCUGAGGUUGUAAAUGUGGUAGCUUGGGUUCUGGCUCUCGCUAAGCACAUGGGCUACCCCCAAGAACUCCUCAACUCACAUUUUCCUCCUCUUGUAUUAGAUAUUAUUCCAACUUGAAACCUGCUCGUGUACCAUCACUGACCAAAUUUGUAGAAAUCCGAUCACUUUCCUCUGUAGAUCUUUCUUAUUCAAUUAUACAGGAACAGUUCUGGGUCACAAUUUAAUGGCCCGUGAUAAGAACACCUGCUGGUGUUUCAUCUCGUGUACUAUAGCAUCACAUUGAUUGCUGUGGGAGAUCAAUAUUGUAUAUUACGGCAAGUGGCUGCACAUUCACAGCCCAACUUGUUUUCUUAAAUGAAAUGGUUCUGGGACUCCACCAUGGGAAGAUGGUUAUGUCCCUGUGGUGGUGGCCCACUGCCUGAAGAUGGUUAACUCAA